GACUGUCGUAUUUUUGAAAAACAAAAUUGUAUUUCUUUUUCUUUUGUGUAAUGAAAAACCCGUCUCAUGAUGAUUUCAAACAUACCUACUUCCCUUUCCUCCCAGUCAACAACAAGGACAACCAAGAAGGGGUGCAUGAACGCCUCUAAAAGUAACAAUAGCAGCUAACAAUGGGGUUACAAUACACGCAACCAAAUAUAAAAGACAGAAUGCCCUCCGAUGACGACGAGACAUGUGACCGUGAAUUCCGUAGCAGCGACAAAAGUCCUUUUCCAUUCAGCGUCACAGUGGAUGAGUUGCUACAAGUAUCUUCUUGUCAAAUCAGUAACUCGGAUGAAACAAAAGGGGUUAAAAGUGCGAAGUCGUUAAAAAGAUGAUUGUUCAUUUUCUGGUUAUCUGAUCAAGAUCAAUUCUAUAAUAGGCCUAAAAAUAAUGCUAAACCUGUAUAUAAAGUUGAAAGCACACGAUGUUGCAAGGUAAAAUUUGCACAAGAUGCCAAGUAUGCAUUCUGCGCUUGGAGUUCUGUUCUUGUACUUGGCUUUAGUGAACAUGGUGUCUGCCACGACUGGCCACAGUGGAGAUGGCACUUGUGACAUAAUGACGGACCGUGUUGAACAGGAAAAUGACACGUAUGUUGGGGAAAGAGCUAGCUGCUGUGGGGAAGUUCUUUUCCAAUUCGACACUCAAAUGUGCUGUAAUGAAACAGUAUAUGACGGCGUUACGGACCAGGAGUGUUGUGGUAAAGAUAGAUUCAAUGUGAAAUACGAAGUGUGUCCUUCAAAUAAGAGCAUGGUACAUGGUGAUUUAAAGUUAUGUGCCAACGAUUAUUACCAUUCUGGUUUUCGAAAGUGCUGUGGCCGAAAUACAUACCCCGUUGAUGAUCACGUUCAGUGUUGUGGGGUUCAUGUUCAUGACACGAGAACAAGCACGUGCAUUGAUGGUAAGAUAGUCGAUCUCUUAAUGGAAUGCUGUGGCAGUUCAACGAUGAAUUCUCGUCAUCAGCUUUGCUGUGAUAGCGGAUCCGGUGAAUAUUUCCCCGUAGAUAAGAGCGAGCCGGACGAUGACCGAUGCUGUAGGACGGACGGUAGGACGUACUCCAGUGUAACACACCACUGUGGUCCAGAAGGGGUAGAGCGGCGACACUUACUCAUAUCUCUGUGCGGGAGACAGGCGUACGACCCAGUCAGGGACAUCUGCUGUGAUGGAUUUGUGUACAGAGGGGGCAAAACAAGACGACUCAAGUGUCAGGAUAUCAUAAGUCCUACGCCACACGCCCCUGUUGAAGUGAUAUCUCAUCUUGCCUGUUCUGGCCAGUGUUCAAUCUUAACAGUAACGCAAGUACAUCAAAUAUACAGGUGUCCAUUCCACGGUAAGUCCUUAAAUAAUAAAACACUUUUACUAUAG